AUUCGAUAACUUAAACUGACUCGAUUAACCGAAGUGAAUCAGGAAUAAUUUAGCUUCACAAGAUGUGUCGUUUAUAUCCCAAAUUACAAUGUAAUAAUAAGUUAAAAUUGCCAAACUGGGUAUGAUAGGCAGUAGGCAGCUUCCUGAACCCGAUCCUAACGCUCAAUUUUCCCUAGUUGAUUGAUCACCAUAACCAGAUCUAAUUUCUCAAUCUAGAAUCUCCCUGGGAGGAGAAAUGAGUAAUGAAGAUAGAGACAGAGGUGUAGCUGUAGAUAAACAGCAGCAUAACCAAUAUGGAACAUUCCAAGGAGUUGCCAACUACCCUCCUCCACGUCCUCCACGUCCCCACCACCACAACCCGCAUCCGCAACAGCAACAGCACCAGCACCAGCAACAGCAACAGCACCAUGUGCCAACUAUUGGGUUUCCUCCACCUCCCUCUAUCGCUCCUCCUCAGUAUUACCCCCAAGCCUACCAGACCGUGCCGGGUUAUGAUGUUGCUGAAGGAACACCUGUAAGAGAUAAGCUACCGUGCUGUGGCAUUGGAUUCGGAUGGUUCUUGUUCAUCAUUGGUUUCUUCAUUGGUGGCCUUCCCUGGUAUAUUGGAUUCUUUGUUUUACUUUGUGCAAGGAUAGACGACAGAGAGAAAGCAGGAUAUAUUGCUUGCACAAUUGGCGCCCUUCUUGCUACAAUUACAAUUAUUCUUAGUAUAACAAUUAAAGCUGGUGGGUGGUAAAGCACACCUGUUUUUGACUGAGAGAUGUAUAGGUUCCCAAAUAAUAUGUAUAUGCCCCCCCCCCCCCUCUUUUAUUUUAUUUCAUUUCCAGUAAGUUAUUGUUUAUGAUAAUUUGCAACAAAUGUUUUUAUCAUUAUUUUGUUGGUGAAUGAUAAUAAGAUUAAACUUUACUUUCUUAA